GGGCUGCGGGGCGGCCUCCACCAUUUCCGCGGGCGCGGGGCGAGGGAGCGAGCGGGGCCGAGUUCUGCCGGGGCGGCUCCUGAGGCUUCAGCACCGCGGCACUGGACAGCGCCCGGCGGGCGGUGGCUCCGCGGCGCUGAGCGGCGGCCGGGGCAGGGCAGGGCAGGGCGGUGCGGUGCGGUGCGGUGCGGUGCGGUGCCGGAGGCAGGCGGGACCCCGGCCCCAGCCGGGCUGGCCCCGGGGCUGGGCGGCUGCAGGAUGCUCCUCAAGCUGGCGGUCGCGCUCCAGGUGCUGUCGCUGCUGACAAGCCGGGCGCACGGCUUCCCGAAGCCCGCGGGCAGAGAUAAAGCUAUACACAACAGGCAAUUAAGUGUAGAAAGACCUUUGGAGGAACAGAUUGCUGAAGCUGAGGCAGACAAGAAUAGGAAGAUAGUUCCCACAGAAAAUAAGCCAGAGUUCAGGAAUUAUUCCUUUGUUGAUGACUUGAACCUGCUAAAGUCAGUAGCAGAAAGAGAGAGGAAUGAAAAAGAGAGGGAGUCAAUUAGAAGCUCUUUGUAUGAACAGCAAUUGGCCAUUGAUGAUGCAGACUCCACCAAGAACCGCAGGCUCGUGGAUGACUAUGACUCUACUAAAAGUGGGCUGGAUUAUAAAUUCCAAGAUGAUCCAGAUGGCCUUCAUCAAUUAGAUGGCACACCUUUGACUGCUGAAGACAUUGUUCAAAAAAUUGCUACGAGGAUUUACGAGGAAAACGAUAGAGGAGUGUUUGACAAGAUCGUUUCAAAACUUCUGAAUCUGGGGCUAAUCACGGAGAGUCAGGCCUAUACUCUGGAAGAUGAAGUGGCAGAGGUUUUACAACAGCUAAUUGCAAAUGAAGCAAAGGAUCGUGAGAAGGAGUCUGAAGAUUUUGAUUACCCUCCAAGCAGAGCAGACAGUGAUUCAAAGGAAAAGCAACAGGAAAAAAUGACAUCGAGCAAAUCUGAUCAGGAUAGUUUAAUCAAUGGGGAAAUUGAUGAUACACUGGAUAACACAUGGUCAUCAUCUAAUAUCUUGGAAAGAAGAAAUGAGCUGCCUUCUGAAGAUGAUUUUGAAGACCUCCAGUACUUUCCAAACUUUUACGCACUAUUAAAAAGUCUUAACUCAGAGACAGAGACAAAAGAGAAAGAGACCUUAAUAACCAUCAUGAAAACCCUGAUUGAUUUUGUGAAGAUGAUGGUUAAAUAUGGAACAAUCACACCAGAAGAAGGAGUUUCCUAUCUGGAAAACUUAGAUACAAUGAUAGCUGUGCAGACAAAGAAGAAACUUGAGAAUCCUUCCACUAAAAGCAAACCAAAGCAACCAGCAGACAAGAGUAGUGAAGAAGCAGACAGUACGAAGGAAGAAGCGGCUAAAAUGGAGAAGGAAUAUGAAAUCUCAAAGGAUUCCACAAAAAAUGAGGAACAAAACGCAGCAGGAAACAGUGAAGAGCCCAGAGGAAAAGCUGAGGCAUAUUUGGAAGCAAUCAAGAAGAACAUAGAAUGGCUAAAAAAGCACAACAAACAAGGUAACAAAGAAGAUUAUGAUCUUUCAAAGCUGAGAGAUUUCAUUGAUCAGCAAGCGGAUGCGUAUGUGGACAAGGGCAUCCUGGACAAGGAAGAGGCUGAUGUAAUUAAACGCAUAUAUGGCAGCCUGUAAAAAGCUGGUGGCUGCCAACCAUGUAGAAAACUAGUGUAGCUUCCCCCCAUCCCAGCUCAGUGACUUAUGGUCUGUUGUUUUGAGGAUAUCAUUAGAAACUCCUUUGCAUUGUACUGAUAACUUUUUAGAGAUGGAGAGCUGUAGCGCUCUGUACACUGACUGCAUACUGUAUUUUCCUACACUCGCAAAUCAAAUCUAAACGCCAACUUCUGACACUGAAUUUCUAUUUGACAGGGUAAAUAUUUACAUAAUGCUCUCUUCGAUUUAUUUGUUUGGUUUACUUUUGUAGAUAAACCUAUCAUUUCUGAUGGAAAAGUCUUUUAAUGCUGCACCUUUUCACUCUCACUCCACUAGCUUUCUAUAGAUGCAACUAUGUAAAGGGCAUUAUUAGGAAAUAGUUCAUAGUUCUUUAAAUAAAAUAUUUGAAAAUAAUUUACCUUUUAAAGUUUUUAUCAAUAUUAAUAAUAUUUUACAUCCAGAGAUCUUGUUUUUAAAUCCUCAUAGCAUGUCUUUUCUUGACCUUUUUUUGUUUCCUUUACGUAGUAUUCUCUAAUUCGGAGCACGGUGUCAUGAGCUAACAGAUACAUCUUUGACAUUACAACUGUCUUUCUUUUUAAAGAGCUGUACUCUUCCCAUAGUGACUUCAUUCAGCAUGUGUAAAAGUUCUCUUUAGUGCACCAUUUUAUGACUGUGCAUGCAUUAGCUGAAUUCCUGAUGUGAGUAGGCUGAUAACUAGUGUAAAUAACCAUUACUUUCUUAAAAAAAAGAAAAAGGAAAGCAAUUAAAGCCAUUUUGCAAGGAAAUAGUUUACAACUAGAGAUGAUUUUAGAAACACAAGCCCUGUUUUUCUGAAAGACUGAAUGAACCCAUCAGAUCUCAGCAUCUCUGAACAUCAAGUCCAUGGUCUGCUUACUGACUUAGCUCUUGUUUUGAGCAGUAUCAUGUUGGAAAACUAAUUUUUGUCACAUAUAUGCUGCCACUAGGCAAUUAGUUGGUACCCAAAGGGUGAAAAAGGGAAACAAAAAUUCCACUCUUAUUCUUCCUCAACUUUCAGAGUUUAUGAACAAUGGUUUAAGAAAUCUUUUCAUAUUUAAGUGAAUCAAUGAUUUUAUGCCAGAAGAACUCGCGACGUAAGAGCAGUGAAGGGAGACUUAGAGUACUGCCUGCAUAGCACAAAGAUCAGUAAGUGUUAAAUGGGCAGAUCAUUUCCUUUCCUAUUUCCUCAGCACAGUUGGACACUGAAGUGGAGGGGAGAUUGGAACAAUGUUUCUCAGCCAACUGAAGUAAACUUCGGCAUCCUUGCAAAACAUAAAUUAUCAACUGAACAUUAUCAACAGAACGUUAGUGGUAACAAAUAUUAAAUGAAUGUGAUAGCAACGAGGUGUAACAACAUAGCUCUUUGAAAGCAGAUGACAAGUAAGCUAAUGAAUGCUUCCCAGCAUCCAAAAAGUACACCCUGAUAUGGAUCACUGAAUUGCAGUAUCAGUCACUAAUGGUGAUAUUUUUGUUAAAACUGUAUUCAAAAGUGUAGUCAAAACAACCUUCUUCUUUGAAAAAUAGUCCCUUAAAAAUGCAAGAGAAAAUAAUUAAGAAAAAAGUAUUCGUGUAAUUUUGAAUCAGUGUAUUUGUUUUCUUCUAAACCCUCUUUUUUUUCUGUUCCCAAAGAACAGAAAGUCUUCUUGUCCCUCUAGAUCUCUUUUUUAGUUUUUUUUUGCAACAGCUUAUAACUUUCUUUCUUAUGUGACUAUCACACUGCAAAAGUGGACUGCUUCCCCCACUUGGAUUUACAAAAGAAAUCAGGAGACAUAACCACAGACCUUUACAAUCAGGGAAGUAGCAGUGAUCUAAGAUUUGCACUUAAAAAAAAAAAUAGACAAGCUUUCCUUCCCCAAUGGAUAGUUGGUAAAUUGCAAA